AUGACUUCCUCAGCCCUCGGCCAGUCGGCUCCCUUAGCCUCAAACCUUGAGCCGGGGAUAGGGAGGGCUGCUGCCAUGCUGGGGCUGUCUGCAGGUUUAGGGGGAGCAGAGAUGGAGCUGCAGAAGAUGCUGAUCGAUGAGAGGAUGAAGUGUGAACACCACCGGUCCAACUAUCAGACGCUGAAGGCUGAACACACAAGGUACAGUGAAGGAGAACUUUAUAACAGUAAUGUGUGGUGGAUAAAGCUGUGAGAAUAGUGUAUUUUUUGUGUAUUUAUUUAUUUUGCACAGAUUAGACUUAUACAGAGUCCCACUCCUGUCAGGGCAGUGAAGGCAUAGGGUGCAAACAACAAGUAAUUAGAGAGGUUAUAAAUAUACAAUGAGUAGGGAAAUGUCAACACAUAUACAAAUAGAACAUAGACUAAUCAUCAACCAGCCCAACCAGAGAUAAAGACAAUAUAAGUAUAGCCAUUUCGUCUUGUUGAGGAAAAGGUUAAAAAGUUUCGGAAAGGUCUUGUUUCCUAUUGAUGACCUUAUAAACAAAUAAACAAGAGUGAAUGACAUUGAGUUUGUCAAUUGGUAAAAUUGAGUAUUUAGUAUUUUCUCCAUGCAGUCUGCAGGAUGAGUUCACCCGGGCGCAGGGGGAACUGAGGCGCCUGCUGAGUGACAAGCAGGUUCAGCAGGAGAACCUGGAGAUACUGUUGGCUGAGCUCAGAGGGGAACUGCUGGACAAAAGCAGAGAUUUGGAGGAGCUGCGAUUACAGGUAAAAAAAAAAAAAAAAAAAAGUGUGUAAUUGGUAGAUCACAAAAAUGUGCUGAUUAUUUUCAUCUGCUCCUUCUGUUUCAGCACAGCGUGAUGGUAAUAAUAAUAAUUUGUCUUAUUAGGUGAUGACCCCUCAGCGCCUGGAGCUGCUCAGAGCUCAGGUGCAGCAGGAGAUGGAGGCUCCAGUCAGAGAGAGAUUCAGUAAACUGGAGGAGGUCUGUUAGUUUUUCUUUUUCUGUCUUAUAAGUCAGUGAUUUGAGACUGUAUUGCCAUCAGUUCUUUGUAUUAAAAAUAUAUAGAAGUUGCACAAUAAACAGUUACUAAUAAUGUUUAUUACCGUAACUGCAGAAUAAUCUGCUCUCAUCCCUUAAAAAUUAGCAGCUUUGACUUUGAGUCCAUAGCAACUUUCAAGAGUUCAGCGUUGAUUGUCUUUUCAAAACCAGUUGGAUGUUUCUGCUUUCAAGAGGGUUUUAUCUACUCUCCAUUUCACCACCUGAUUGCACCCUCUCUCUCUCUUUCUCUCUCUGUACUUACUGGUCCUUGUAGGAGGCAGAGAGGUACAGGUCAGAGUACAACAAGCUGCGGUAUGAGUUCACCUUCGUGAAGUCGCAGUUUGAGCACCAGCGAGAGGAACACGCUCGAGUUCUGGAGGAGAGGAAGCUCUACUACGAAACUGAGGUAACUUUUUGAUUUGUGGGCUUCUCAGUAAAGUGUGAUACUGUAAGAGAAGUAGAUGUAAGUCUGAAUGAACUUCCCUCGUCAGAUCUCUCGUCUGGAGAGGGACAGGGAGGACUUGGUGACUCAGUACCAGAGUCCAGACCCCCUGCGUGAUGGGAAAAGAGUUGAGACUCUGCUGAGGGAGAAAUCCCAGCUCCAUGUGCGGCUCAAGAGUCUGGAGGCAGAGGUGGCUGAGCUCCACGCCCAGAAAGAGAACUCGGGCCAGCAGGCUGAGAGUGUCCAACGCAUUCAGAUCAGACAGCUGUCAGAGUCCCAGGCGGUGGCGAAGUCUCUGGAGGUGAGACAGCUGGCUAUGUCCUUCUAAUAUGAAUAUCUAUCAAGGUUUAGAUCACAUAUAACAAAGAAGUUCAUCUGUCGUUGGUGUGAUAGGCAGAACGUCAGUCGUUGCGUCUGAAGCUGGAGCGGAUGGAGAGUGAGCUCAACCAAACGAAUGAGCAGAACAGCCAACUCACAGGCCGCCUGCACAAAGCCGAGAGAGAGGUCAACUCCUUGAACUGUCAGGUAGGUCACUCUCUGACCUUGGAAACCUUCAAUUUACCUUAUUGGCCUUAAUAUAAGACUUACACCUCAUUGGAGGACUGCCUCGUGUAGAGACUAAUUUAAAGAUAAAGACUAUUUGUUUUCUCGUCCUUUAAGUACUUUGGUGUUUAAAGUUCUUCUGAGUGUGAAUCAAAGUGUUUUUGUGGUUAAAAAUCAAACGUUUAGACUUAAGAAACACUAUAUUAACCUCAUAUUUGGCAUUUUUUUGCUUCUUAGGUUGAAAGUCUGAAGCAUUCACACAAACUGGAGACGGCGAACAUCAGACUGGAGUGUACCCGCUCUAAAGCCGAGCUAGAGAGGGAGAAAGACAGACUGCAGGGUCAGAUUGAUGGUAUGGAAAACACACACACACUAUUACACUUUUAUUGAACAAAACAAUCAAGUCAUUUCACGUGGCAGCAGAAUUUCUCACUUUUCUGGUUGUUAUGAAGCAGUUUUCCCUGCUGUGUGUGUCUCAGGUCUGGAAACGGACGUGGAAGUGCUAAACGCUGCAGUGGAGCAGCACAAGAAACUCCUGGUGGAGAAAGAGCGGGAGAUCGUCCGGAAGGUGCAGUCGGCCCGUGAGGAGGAGUUCUGCAAAAUUGCAGCCCUGCACGAGGAGAAGUGAGGAUUAAUUUUGUUACGCUUCAGUUUCUGAUAUCAAUCGUCUGGUAGCAAUCCUGCAGUUUGACAAUAAGGUUUAUAAGUGAAGUUAAUCAGAACUAUUGUAAUGCCUCAUUUGUUUGUUAUAUCAGAUGAUUUUUUGUUGUUUGCGCUCACCAGGCUGGAGCUGGAGAGUCAUCUUGCGUCCCUGGAGCAGCAGAGGGCGCUGCAGGACUCUGCAGGCAACGCUCAGAAAGAGGAGUGGGAGGAAUGUCUUCGUAUUACCAAACAGGCAGAAGAGUCAGCCCGUCGGGAACUGCAGAACGUCAGGUUAGCUUUGCACUGAAUGCUUAUUGUAAUCAUCCGUCUAAAACAAUAUUCAAAACACACGCAGACGCAUGAUGAGUCGAUAAUACUGAAUGGAAUUAGAGGAAGAGAAAGCGAGAAUAUGCGCUCCUUAUGAAACCACAACAGUCUGUGGUUAGCAGCACCUAAGUUUUAGUUUCCAAACAAUAAUUUUCUGUUUGGCUUUUCAAAAUAAAAGACCUUAAUCAAAUCUUUUCUGUCUUGAAGAAACAAACUACAACAGCAAAGCUCACAGCUGGAGGAGCUGGACAGGAAGAAAGCAGAAAUUUCCGCUCUUGAGCAGGUAAGUCAACAUCACCUGCUCUAAAGUGUCUGUUUUUUUUUCCGGGGGUCUGUAAAUGUGUGUUUGUUUGGUCCAACAGCAAAACCAGGAGCUCGGGGUCCAACUGGGGACGUUGUCUCACUCUGAAAAUGACCUGAUGGAGACGAACCAGAGACUGAAGGAAAGUCUGGAGAGAGUGAGAGAGGAGCUGAGGGCGACCCGAGGACAGGCGGAGAGGAGCCAACAGGAGGCAGAGAGGUACAUCUGCUGCUGAGAAAUUUACUACUCAGCAAUAAAAAGUACUUCCAGCUGCAACACCCUGUGUGUUCUCUGUGUGCUUCCUCUGUAGGAUGGUGGAGGACCGUCGAGUGGAGUGGUUGGAGGAGAAACAUAAGCUGCAGGAGCGAGAGGCUGAGCUGCAGCUGAAAUACUCUCAGGUUAAAGAGAAGCUGCAGAGGGCAGCAGCGGCUCAGAAAAAGGUACUGCUGCUGGUGGCUGUAUUCAGCCUAUUCAUGCUUCAUUGUUAACUUUGUGGUGUUGAAACAAUCUCGAGAUUCAUUGUUUUUUCUUCUGGAUUUUGCUGACAUCGUGUGUGUCUGUUGCACAGAGGAAAACACAGACGGAGAACAAAGAAAAAAGACUAAAAGACAAGAUCCAGCUGCUAGAGGCCAAGAUGGAGGAGCUGGAACUGGAAUCUGCUGCAGCUAAGAAGUGAGCUCCAAUUUUUUUAUGAGCCAAGUUCACCAGUUGGGUCUUUUCUUAUGUAAUCAUGUCGUCAGAUACUUUUUGAGGUAAUGUCUGAAAUAGUCAAGGUUGCUCAUAAAUGUCCUUUUUCUGCCCUCCAGGCGAUCGUCAUUCUCAGAGGAGCAAGCUCAACUCAGCAGACGGUUAAAGGAGCUGCAGCGCCGGCAUAACGAAUUUCGACGCCUCUUGUUGGGCGGCCAGGGUCCCUACAGCGCCGGCCCCUCCUUCCUCACCUCCUCACCUGCACCCUUUGUCCUUCUUGGGUCUGAGGGAGCUUUUUCAAACAUACCAGUAAGCAGAACUAGCAGCAAACUGAAUCUUCCAGCAUCAGCUUGAACUGUAGAUGUCUAUUAAAACAAUUGAUCACCUGAUGUUGCUAAUCAUGCCCUCAUCUACAGGUAAAUGGUUCUGCAAUUGAUCCAAGUGGCUUUUAACAAGGAAAUGGUGGACGCUUAAUGACAACAGGGAAGAAAACAGUGAGAAAAGUAGAAAAACCAAAGGCGUAAAGUUCAGCUCUGCAGGUUUAGGGAGGUUUAGGGUGUUUACAUGAGGACAGCAUCAAAGGAGGGUUGAUCAAACUCGCUUUUUCCUCUGUGCUGCAGGAGGAGCAGCAGCAGAGGGAGCUGUCGCUGCUCCGUCGGAGGCUGGAGGACCUGGAAAGCGCUCAGCAGCAGCAGAUGGAGGAGCUGGGAUCUCUGGUGCCGAGAGAUCGUGAGCACACUCCUCAGCCGGAUCUUUGA